UAUACGUAUCACUGUAAACCCUCCUCCCGCUUUCAGGUUUUGCCGCAGCUGCUCCUUCAGUUGCCAAAGCACAAAAGAAAGAAGGCAAGGGGCGAGAUAUGGUGAGACUAACAGCCGAUUUGAUUUGGAAAAGCCCUCACUUUUUCAACGCCAUUCGCGAACGAGAAUUGGAUCUCCGAGGGAACAAGAUUGCUGUGAUAGAGAACGUAGGAGCUACUGAGGAUCAAUUCGACACUAUUGAUUUAUCUGACAAUGAGAUUGUGAAGCUUGAAAAUUUUCCCCUUUUAAAUCGCCUCGGGACCUUGUUUUUGAACAAUAAUAGAAUUACCAGAAUCAAUCCCAACCUAGGAGAAUUUUUGCCCAAAUUGCAUUCUUUGGUGCUGACUAACAACAGGUUGACGAACCUAGUUGAGAUUGAUCCUCUGGCAUCGCUCCCGAAGCUGCAAUUCCUUAGUCUGCUUGAUAACAACAUUACUAAGAAACCUAAUUAUCGCUUGUAUGUCAUCCACAAGUUGAAGUUUCUACGCGUGCUGGAUUUCAGGAAAGUAAAAAAUAAGGAGCGUGCCGAAGCCAAUGCUCUGUUUGCUUCCGAAGAAGCUGAAGAAGAGGCCAAAAGGGAAUCUGCUAAGACUUUUGUACCAGGUGAAGUUCUUUCUAUCCAAGACGUUGCCAGGGAAGAACCACCUAAACCAGCUGCUCCAACACCUGAGCAAAUCUUGGCUAUUAAGGCUGCCAUUGUGAAUUCGCAAACUCUUGAGGAAGUGGCAAGGCUUGAGCAGGCACUCAAAUCAGGCCAGCUUCCAUCCGAUUUCAAUAUCAGUAAUAAUGAAAUUGUCCCAAAACGUGAAGUUGCUGAGAAGGAUAAUAUGGUUACUGACAAAAUAGAAGAGAAUGAAGAACCUGAACCCAAAAAAGACGGGGAAUCUGAACAGAGUCCAGUUGUAUCAACAAAAAUGGAAGAGGAUUAGGCUGAUCGAUUGCCGAGCAGAUACGCGAAACCUGAUGGAUGUUAUGCUUCUUCCUGAAAUGUGCUUUCGAAACUGGAUUGGAUUGUGCUGUGCUGUGCUUGUUCUAAAUGCAAAGAUUUUGGGGCAGUGAUGUUUGUAAUGGUUGUAGAUUUACAAAUGAGAUUUGGCAAUAUCUGACAUAGUUGAUAAACACCCACCCACCCACCAAAGUUUCAUAUUAGGUCUCUCUCUCUCCAGUGUAUUUCACUUACCUUGUCUUUGAUUGAUUACUUGUAUUUCGUAUCGAGAAUUUGAUC